CAAGCUCCAAGGUUUCCAAUUUCCCCCAACGCUAGUCCAAACGCUAACGGAAUGAAUGCUACACAAGCUAUUAGACUUGUCAGUCCCACCGGUGGGAUACCCAUUAAAAUGAAUGAUCAAAGUGCUUCCAUAUCUCAACCUCAGCAGUUCACACCACCCCAAGAGUUCCUCACCCCCAAUUUCAACAAUAAUCAAGUAUCGGUCAUUACAUGUGAUACGCUUAACAUCGGGACCUGGCGUCGCAUUUUGACGACACAGACUCCCACGGACCUUCUGUGUUAUUACACCAUCCCCCAAAAUGUCUUCACAUAUCACAUUACCAACGAGAAUACGCAAUUCAAGAUGGAGUUUCCGCUCACCGAUAUCACUUCCAUCGAGUACCGUUCCAUUGAUGACCUCUAUUCUCAGAUUGCCGUUGAGGUCAAAGACCCACCUCAUUUCUACAUGGAAUCGUCUCAAGGCGGAUGGAACCUGUGCAAAGACUUCACCGAAGAUAAACAAGCCACAAGACACAUGAGGCACGUGAUGAAAGGUCGUGCUGUCGCGAUGAAACCUCAGCUCAUCAAGCUCAUGAGAGAUUGUCCUCUUUUGGCCAAGGUUGUAACGAUUCUUGACGCUCCCGUAGAAAAUCAAAAUCCCGAGGGCAACAAUAACGACGCGGAUAAGCAAACCAACGAACAAGAUCAACAGCAAAAUCCACCUCGUCGAUCCUCCUUCCCAAGCGGAUCAAUCGCCGAUAACCUGCGAUUCGGAGACGGAAUGUGUACCCCGACCCAAAAUGAUAAACAAAACAGCCUCCUCAAGCAAAUAGCCCGUACUCGUCGUUCGGCCUCCGUGCCGGUGUCACCCACGGAAGACAAGAGCCCAUCUUUGGUCUCCUCAACGAUGACACCUAAUUCAUCUUUACAGGUGAACACCUCAACGACAUUCCUCGACAUGUACAAAACUGAAGCGAACAGCUCUCCAGAGUUCUGCUCUUCUCCGAUGGAUCUCAACUCCACGUCAUCUCCGUCCACGCCAUUGUACGUCUUUGACAAUUCACCGACCAUCAUGGAUUCAUCACCACUCUUGAAUCAAGAUCCUUUCGUAUCUUUGCCUGCUCACAACUUGA